UAUUAUAGAUAAUUGCUACUAUUUUGAUUUAAAUGAAGUUUGAUUCUUUUAAGUAAGUCAGUUUUCUUGAGAUUAAAAUGGAACAAAUACAAGUGCCUGCUAGUUCGUCGCAUCACUUGGUGCAAGUUUAUCACACGGCUCCACAAACGCUGGCCAAAAUUUCGUAUUCUCAAAUCGGUUCGGAAAUGCACAUACCGGUCACUUCUCAGAUAAAGCACGAUAUUGCUCAGCACAUGAUACCGCAGAAUCAGACUGUCAUGUGUCAGCCUAUGAUGCAAGAAGUACACCAGUCCAUACAAACGUUGCAUCAGCAUGUUCCAAGCCAGGUUCUUCAGAACGACAUACAGCCGCUUCAGAUCACAUCGCACGUUAUUCUUCCCCAGGUUUUGAAGCAGCACCUGGAUAUACAUCAGUACUAUGGGCAGUAUGAAACCUACAUAAAGGACUCAUUUGUUGUCACUAAAGUGGGAACAGAUAUCACUGUUUUGAUAGAAGCUCAAGACAAUAGUAAAGAAAAAGAGCAGCUAGAUGAGCCAAAAAUAGAAAAAAUUAAAAGAACAAGAAGCCAAAUACCAAAUCCAAAUGAAUGGGCAUGUAAUGUCCGGAAGUUGAAACAUCAGCGCGGAGAAGCCUACAUCAAUAGGAGGGGUAAAUUUGUUCCCGAGCGACAAAUCCGCAACACUAAAGACUGCCUUAAAUCCUGUAGAUAUAAAUGUAACGAAAGAAUCAAUGAUGUCGACCGACAACACAUUUUCAAAGCCUUUUAUUCUCUUAAUUCGAACGAAAAGAAGCAUUUUCUACUUAACACAACAGAAAGGAAUAAUGUCAAAAGCAAUAAAAUGCAUGAAAAUAAUUUAAAAAGAAAGUAUUCAUUCAAGUAUUUCUUUCUUGUAAGAGGUGUCAGGCAUACAGUGUGCAAGAACUUUUAUUUAGGCACUCUAGCAAUAUCGCAGAAGCCGGUAUACAAUGUUCACAUGAGUAAAUCUGAUAUGAACAUACCAAAACCUGAUGGGCGAGGCUUGUCAGAAUCCAGCACACACUCAUUACCAGCAGAAAUAAAAGAUAGAGUGAGAAAGCAUAUAAUGUCAUUUGCUACAGUUGACUCUAAACCAAUAAAACAAUUUUCAAGGAAAAAGCAAUAUUUGGAAUGCAAUUUGAGUAUUAAACAGAUGUACUCCAUGUAUGUGGAUGAAUGCAGUAAAGAUUUUGUGGAAACCGUUAAAGAGUCCAUGUAUAGAAAGAUAUUUAAACAAGAGUUUAAUUUACAUUUCAAAAGAGACAAAUCUUCUCAGUUGUGCUGUAGAUGUAAGGAGCCAGUGAAAGGGAAAUGAUAUAUCUAAUUUUAAGUAUACUGACUACAUGUUUUAGUGUAGUUGUGGAGCGCAUAGAAAUUGGUUUAUUGUGUCAUCGCAACCAGUGGAUGUGGUCCACUGGUAGUAGUUGCAAUAAGUAGACUACAUGUUUUAGUGUAGUUGUGGAGCACAUAGAAAUUGGUUUAUUGUCUCAUCGCAACCAGUGGACCACCAAGUAGUUGCAAUACACUAAUUUUAAUUUCUUGGUGGUCCAUGGUUCCAUGUAGAUUUAAGAAUCUACACAAAAAGAAAGACUUUGUUUGAUUUGCAUGCAUUUUUAAAUUUUGUGUGUUUUAAUGGAAUGUCAGUAUUAAUUUUUAACAUA